AUGAGGAUACGCCUUCCUUUUGCAGGCGUCUUCGUCCUGCUGCUCCUCCUCGCGGGGUAUGCGGGGUUGUCCUCGCUGCAGCUAGACGCCGGCACGCUGCCCGUUAACGACAAGGUGCUACACCUCCUCGUCUUCUUCGCCCUAACAUUAGCAUUUUACUGGGUCAUCGACACAACGCGCCGGCGCACAUUACACAUAACACUGCUGGUAUGUGUUGGCGGCCUGGGCAUCGGCUCCGAGUUCCUGCAGGCGGUGCUCCCAAACGGCCGGUCCUUCGACAUUCUCGACGUCGCCGCCAACCUGGUCGGCUCACUGGCCGCGCUGGGCCUGUGCGCAUGGUACCACAAGCGCAUGUUGGAACGCAAGAGAUUGAGAAAGUACACGGCUGUCCCGUCUGGCGAGGCCGGUGAAGAGGAGGAUCUCGAGCUGGGCGAGGGUCCAGGCCUGGGCGGCGCCAGGCGAGACUCCGACGGCCAUGAGGAGGGCGUCAUUGGCGACUCUGCUGCUCCGCGGCCCACAACAGGAACAACUCUAGAGGAGGAAGUCGAUAAUUGGGACGAGAAUGCCGUUGAUGCCUGGGAUGAAGAUGAUGAGGGCGAUGUUGGCACAUCCGCACCCACGGCCGGAAACGGGAAAGACACUGCUGCGGAACCGGCGGUUGGACGUGACAAUACAAAAAAGCGUUCGGAUUGA